AUGCUCAAUCGUCUCAAUCAGCUUUCCCGCCAUAUCUCCAGCUCUAGCUCUCUGAUCACCUCGCGAGCCUCAUUCUCCCCCUUGUCCCGCGUACCGAGUUUCGUCAUGACAUCAUCUAUGGUGCCCAACCAAUCCAAGACCAUCCACACGGCGGCAUGUCUGAUCAUUGGUGAUGAAGUCCUUGGUGGAAAGACCAUCGACACCAACUCGGCCUUCUUUGCUAAAUAUUGCUUCUCUCUUGGCAUCCAACUCAAACGGGUGGAAGUCAUUGCGGACGAUGAAAGCGAGAUCAUUGAGGCAGUGAGACGGAUGAGCAACAACUACGACUUUGUUGUGACCAGUGGAGGCAUCGGGCCAACCCACGAUGACAUUACCUACGAAUCGAUAGCCAAGGCCUUCAACCUGCCACUGAAACUUCACACCCCCGCCUUCGAGCGCAUGAAGAGACUCUCCAAGCCUCACCCCAUGCAGCCUCACUUCGACUGGGACACCCCAUCGCCCGGUCUCACCGCAAAGCUCCGGAUGGUCUACCUCCCGUACGACGAGAACCUCCCCGCGGAAUCACAAGCCCUCUUCGUUGCAGACGACAUGUGGGUGCCCAUCGCCGUCGUCAACGGUAACGUGCAUAUUCUCCCCGGAGUGCCUCGCUUGUUCGAGCGCCUUCUCCAGCACCUCAAGCCCACCCUGCUCCCACGGUUAACCAACCCGGAGGGCAAGGGUAUCUACCGCUACCUUUUCAGCACCCCGCUCCCUGAGAGUGCCGUCGCACCGUACCUGACGGACCUUGCGGCCCGGGCCAGCGCGCACGGCGUCAAAGUCGGCAGCUACCCUCGUUGGGGCAACAAGCGCAACACCGUUACUCUGGUCGGAACGGAUAAGGCUUUCAUGGACUCAGUGGUUGCAGAGGUUGAAGAGAACGUCCGGGGCAAGAAGGUGUCUCGGGAGGAUGAGCUGGACCCUCCGUCUGACGCGGAGUAG